CAUGUCGGUCUAUCCUUAUCAUGCUCUGUCUGUACCCAUAUCCCCUAUUGGUAUUUUAAUUUUAUCAAACGUUUAACUUUUUAAUUUUUCAACUCAAACUUUGCGAGAAAUGUUUAAGUUCCGAUUUGCAGAAGAUGCAACCGGUACUACUGAAGAGGAGAGCGAACAGAAGGGUAACUUAGAAUGGAUUUCCGCCUCCAAACUUGAAAUAACGCCAGAACAAAUUGAAGCGAAAUAUGAGGCUGAUUAUUAUACGGAGACCGAAGUGUUUUCUGGUUGCAAUCUAAAAUUAAUCCGCUCUGAUAAAGUAACGCAGGAUUUAACUGAUCAAAAUUACCAGAAUAUUGUUGAGGCCGAGUCGAAACAUUCCGAUCUCAUUCCAGCGAAAUACGAAGGCGGAUUAAAAAUCUGGGAAUGCACGUUUGAUUUGGGUCAGUACAUACUGGAGAAGAAAAUCGAGUUAAAAGGCAAACUCGUCAUGGAUCUAGGCUGCGGUGCUGGAUUGAUCGGUCUUUUGUCUCUUCGCAAAAAUUCCGCGGUCCAUUUCCAAGAUUAUAAUACCGAAGUGCUAAAAUCUGUGACAAUUCCGAAUGUGGUACUGAAUUUUGAUCGUACGACUGUACUAACGAGGUGCGAAUUUUAUGCCGGGGAUUGGGCUUCUCUCGCGACGUUAUUCGACGAAAGUAAAAAAUACGAUUAUAUCUUCACGAGCGAAACGAUUUACAAUCCUGAUAAUCAUAAAAAGUUAUAUGAGAUUUUUAAGACAAAACUAAAAGCCGAUGGCGUUGUAUUUGUCGCCGGAAAAACUUAUUAUUUUGGCGUUGGUGGGGGAAUGAGACAGUUUGAGAAUCUCAUCUUGAAGGACGGGUGUUUCGACGUUAAGUCGGUGUGGAGAAGUCAGGAUGGAGUGAGCAGAGAAAUUCUGAAACUCACGAGGAAACUGCAUCAAAAACAAACGUCUGGUGUAUAACAUUAUUGUCUUAAUACUGAGGUAUCGGCUCGGAAUGUAAUUACAGUAAAAUAUGUCAGCAGUAGCGAUUCUUCCACAGCAAGAUUUGUUUUCUGCUUACGUAUACGAAAGUAAACUUUUUCAUUCGUCUUUUGUUAAGAAA